GAGAGAGAGAGAGAGAGAGAGAGAGAGAGCGCAAGCAACUCAAUGCCGCUUUUCCACCACUCCUCUUUACUACAACCAACCACGAGCGUCUGUCCGCAACCCGAUCAGACUUUAAUAAUGCACGGGAAGGUAAAGCGAUUACCAGUGGCUGGGCACUGAAUUAUGUAUCUUACCGGUUACUACAACACCGUACCGAAAAGCAGGAACCUGUAGCUGACUGAUCGGCGGAGAAAAUGUCACACUAUCAUUUCAUCAAAUGCUGUUGCUUUCAGCUAUGUAACGUGUUUAGGCAGAACAUGGAGAUAGACCAGUGUCUGCUGGAGUCUCUGCCGUUGGGCCAGCGUCAAAGGCUGGUUAGACGGAUGCGUUGCGAGCAGCUGCGCCUCUACUACGAGCGAGAGCGGACGCUGCAGAAGCAGAACCUCCCCAAGUCCCGGUCAGCCAACCGCAAAAAACAGAGGAUCAGCUUUACACCUCCAGACAUCAUCCAGGAUGCCAUCAUAAGGCAAGAUGACAAAGAGGUGUUAAGGCUGCUGAAGGAAGGAGUUGACCUGAACACGGUUAUUUCCUCAGGAGGAUCUCUGCUCCAUCUGUGUGCCCGUCAUGACAAUGUGUUCGCAGCAGAGGUUCUGAUCGAGAAAGGACUGAAUGUUAACCUGCAGGAUGAAGACCUUUGGACCGCCCUGCAUGUGGCCUGUGCCUGUGAUCACGCUGAUAUGGUUCUACUGCUGCUGAUGGCCGGGGUCAAUGUUCUGCUUCAGGACGUAAACGGGAACAUUCCACUUGAUUAUGCCACUGAAGGGACGGAAACCAGCUACAUCCUCAUCAGACACCUGGAGGACAACGGAGUGGACAUGAGCUCUAUGCAUCAGAUGAAGACCCAGCGGUCGGCCACAAUGCUGUCUGAUGUUAAGCAGCUGAUCAGCAGCCGAGGCAGCGUCAACCAGCACAAUGAAGAUGGAGUCACACUGCUGCACAUCGCCUGUGCCAGUGGUUAUAAGGAGGUGGUGUCUGUAUUGCUGGAGAAUGGGGGAGAUGUGCUGGUGUCUGACAGCAGCUAUUGGACUCCCUUACAUCUGGCCGCCAAGUAUGGGCAGACCCACAUUGUGAGCCAGCUGCUGAAACACAAAGCUGAUCCAACUCUUCUGAACUGCAACCAGGACAAACCCUCAGACAUAGCUGCAACAGAGCAAAUUGCAGAAAUGUUGCUGAGAGCCGAAGACUUCUGGAUACAAAGACAAACAGAUCCCUCAGCCCUGCCUCCACUAUCAGACAUUAGCUGCACAGAGUCGUAUCAGGACAACAGCCUGCCUGUUAAAAAACUGGCCACUAUGGCUCUACCCAUUUCCAGGAGGGACAGUCUGUUGGAGAAGGAGGCCAUGUUCAGAGACACUGGAGGAGCAUUGAUCAAACAAACUUCACUUGACAAUGGAUUGGAUGGAGCAUUUUCCAGUGCUGCAGGAAAGCUGGAGCAGGUCAAAUUAAUGCCUCCUGCCCCAAAUGAUGACCUUGCAUCCCUCAGUGAGCUCACGGACAGCAGCCUGUUGUACGAAAUGCAGAAACGCUUCGCGAAUGACCAGAUAUAUACCUACAUUGGACACAUUCUUCUCCUCAUCAACCCUUACAAGGACCUGCCUAUCUACUCUAAUCUUGUCAGUCAGUUAUAUCUGAGCUCCAGCGGGCGUCUCUGUUCCUCUCUCCCACCUCAUAUCUUCUCUUCAGCUGAACGUGCUUAUCACAUGAUGCUACAGGAGCGACGUCCGCAGUGUUUCAUCAUCAGUGGAGAGAGUGGUUCUGGGAAGUCUGUGGCCUGUAAACACAUCCUGAAGCAUUUGGCUGCUCGCUCAAGUUCUAAAGGCUUCGCUUUAGAACCACGAAUGACGCAUGUGAGCGCCAUCUUGGAAGCGUUUGGCCAUGCUAAGACUCAGAUGAACUCCUCUGCGAGCCGGUUUAUCAAGUUAAUCUCAUUACAGUACUGUGAGAAAAGAAGAACUCUACUUAGAGCCCGUCUGUACACAUAUAUGCUGGAGAAGUCAAGGGUCAUCUGUGUACCACAACAUCAGCAGAACUUUAACAUCUUCUACCUGAUGGCUGAAGGACUUUCAACGGAGGAGAAGAGUAAUCUAUAUCUCAACAAUGUCCUGGCACAUAGAUGUCUAAAGAGAGCAUCUUCAGAUGAAACUCCUGCGGUCGCUACGGCGUGUCCUCAGAGCAGAGAGAAGCUUCUGGCCCUUAAACAGGCUCUGCGUGCACUUGGCUUUAACAGACUGGAGGUGGAGAACAUGUUUGUGGUCCUCUCUGCGCUACUGCACCUGGGAGAUUUGCGCUUCACCGCCCUAACAGACGCUGACACUGCGUUUGUGUCCGACUUACAGCUGCUGGAUAGAGUUGCUGGAAUGUUACAGGUGAACUCUGAGGAUCUUGGCUCCGCUCUCACCUCUGAUGUGCAGUAUUUCAAAGGUGAUGUCAUAACAAGGCGGCACACGGUUGAAAUGUCCAACUGUCACAGAGACCUCCUGACCAAAUCUCUAUACGGACGACUCUUCAGCUUCUUAGUCAAUAACAUUAACUUUUACCUCCAAGGCCAAGAGGAAAGCAUUGGAGAUCCUGCACUUGAAAUAAGUAUUCUGGAUAUAUUCGGCUUUGAGGAAUUCCAGAGGAACGGUUAUGAACAGUUGUGCAUUAACAUGGUGAAUGAGCGGAUCAGACAGCACACGCAAGAGGUGCUCUUCCAGUAUGAGCAACAGGAAUGUCUACAGGAGGGGGUUGCCAUGGAGACGAUACGCUCCCUCGGCAACCAGCCAGCGGUACUGGACUUCUUCUUCCAGAAGCCUCAGGGUGUGCUGUGUAUCAUUGAUGAGGAGAGUCAGUCCCCCCGGCCGUGUGAAAUCAACCUUUAUAAGCGACUGCAGAUGCAGCUGGAUUCCUCCUGUACAGACUCGGUCUCCCUCACAACCAAGGAUGGCAAUGGAAACCCACCACCCAAAGACCAGGGGCCAUCGUUUACAGUCACUCACUACGCUAGCAAGAUGACCUAUGACCUGACCGGCUCACUGGAGAGAAACAGGGAUGUUCUGCCCCAAAACAUCCUGUUUGUUAUGAAAUCUAGUGAGAACGUGCUCAUUCAUCAGAUGUUCCAGUGUAAGCUGACUCAAACUGGAUCCUUGGUUCCCCAGCACCAGUGGCUGAAGCUGCGUGGGCCCAAAGGCACAAUGCUUACCAAGAGUGCUACGCUAACUCCUGCCAGAGACGCCAAAAAAUACGCGGAACUUAACAAGCUCUUGAAGAAGAAGGGAGCAACGUCCUUCCUGCAGAAGCUGGAGCGUUGUGGACCGGUUACUGUGGCAGUUCAGCUCAGGAACUCUCUAUCUGAGAUCACCAGUAAACUACAAGCAUGUACGCCUCAUUUUGUUCAGUGCGUGAGGCCCAACAGCGUCGGAAAGCCUGACGUCUUUGACAGCUUCCACGUUUCCUCUCAGCUCCAGUAUGUGGGGGUUCUGGAGAUGGUUCGCAUGAUCCGCUAUGGAUACCCGGUCCGACUGUCUUUCACUAGCUUUCUCAGCAGAUAUAGAGAGCUGGUGGACACCAUCCUCACCGACAAGAAGAAAGUGUGUGCGAAGGAGAAGUGUCGGCACGUUCUGCAACAUUGUAAACUUCAGGGCUGGCAGAUGGGCAACAGUAAGGUUUUUCUGAGAUACUGGCAGGCCGAUCACUUAAAUGACCGCUGCCAUCAACUACACAGAAAAAUUAUCAUCUGCCAGAAAGUGGUACGUGGCUGGUUGGCCAGACAGCGCACCCGUCGCAGACUAACCUCUCGGCAACAGGAGAAGUGCAGUGUCCAGCGCUUCCUGCAGGGGGCGGAAGACUUGGGUAUGCGUGUCUACGACACCCUGGUCAUCCAGAAUGCAGCCGAUAUUGCACGGGAGAAUGACCGCUUGAGGGGUCACAUCACCGCACCACCGCUAGGCGAACGACCAGAACCCGUUGGUAAAGAGGAGGACUCGCCCAAGAGGGUUGUGGAAAAAAGUGGAAGAGUUAAUGAUGUGGCAGGCCGUGGGGGGAGUCGUACAAUCCGACAUUUCCGCUCCAGCUCGGUGCCUCUCCCCCUGGUAAUGGACAGUUUGGUACAUUCCAGCAUUGGAACAUCAAUCAAAGCGGCUCUUCAGCCUGCGCCACACUCCAUUGAAGAGGGGAGUGGAGGAAACCUGUCCUCACCACGAAAGCAACCUCCUCCCAAACCGAAACGAGACCCCAAUACGCGCCUGAGUGCUUCGUAUGAGGCAGUGAGUGCAGGGUUAAGUAUUGCACCUAAAGACAGCCCUGCUGAGGGGCAGGCAUCUCCGUCUGGUAGUCCUCCAAAAACUCAGCUUUCGCCUUCUGAUCCUCUGUCCAAACCACGCCCUCACAGUGAUGACUACAGCACCAUGAAGAAAAUCCCACCCCCCAAACCCAAACGCAGCCCUAAUACCAAAUUGACAGGCUCCUACGAGGAGAUCUCGGUACCCUCCCCUGCACGCCCCACAGACAUGAAGCUGUUCAGCUUGGCACGAGGGGGCCACUGCUUGGGCCUCAUCCAGCGAGCAGCAUCUGUGGAUGGGCCUCACUCUUCUGUUCUGAGCCUCUACCCCUGUCAGGAUGAGGAGGACGUGUACAUAGAGAUGGUGGGGGCCUCGCGAGCCCUCGCCCUGGCUGACUCCCACAGCCCAGAGCUUAGUGAGGCAGUUUACGAGGAAAUGAAGUACUUCACUCCUGAUGAGGUCGGCCCAGCUCCGGUCGCCAAGCCUGAAGUAGUCAAUCCAACUCCCCUACCUGCCCCAGUGUUGGAAACCAAGAGGCCUGUUACCUUGAUGGAGCCCCCCAGUACAUUUGGGGUAAAACAACAGGCCAAGGAUGGGACUUGUGACAUUCCAGCUCCGUUCCCCAAUCUCCUUCCCCACCGGCCCCCACUGUUGGUCUUUCCCCCAUCCCCUGUAACCUGCUCACCUGCUUCGGAUGAGUCACCCCUGACCCCUCUGGAGGUGAAGAAGCUCCCGGUGUUUGAGACCAACCUCAAUUACACCAGCCAGGAUGGAGGCAGCCCACUCUCACCUCAGUAUGCCCGCCAAAGGGCCGACUCCUCCCCUAGUCUGUCCGUCUUAAUGCCAGACAAAUCAACGCCACCCUUGACUCCUCCUCCACCCCCUCCUGCAGCUCUCCCACCUCCUUACCGCCCCCCUUCCCAUUUCCCUUUCCCCCCUGAGCCAAACUUCCUGCCCCAUAACCGUGCAUCGUCUGUGGCUAGCACAGAUUUGCCUAAAGUUUCUCACAAAACAGGGCACGGUCUGUCAGAGACUCCUCCAAGUAGCGCAAAACCUCCCUAUUCCCCAGCAAAGACCUCACGUCCAGAACCACGCAGAGCUCAUUCAUGUUCAUCCUCUCCUCUGCUCUUUAACCCUGCCAAUGGGCGACCCCUCACCAGCCCCCUAGAUGAGCUCAACACCAUUUUCAGCACAGGGCGCAGCUUGCUUCGUAAAUCCACCACGGGAAGAAAGAUCAGAGACAGCGGACUCUCAAAUUCCAACAUAAACCUACCAGGUCGAGAGGAUCAAGGCACCACCGCUCCAUUGUCACAGUUACAGGACAAAAACGCCAACAACCACACCUCUCCCAACUCUUCAAACCCUGCUCCCGUUGAGAACGGCAACCAAAUUUCUAAUGGUAAUGGGGCACAAGGGACGUUGGAAGACGAGGGGCAUCCGAAGUCGAACGCAUCCAGCACCUCAGUGUUACACAGGCACAUGGAUAGUCACCACACUCAGGUGAACCAGAGGUCACGUGUGAGUUGGGACCAUCGGGCCACCCUGCAGGAUUUAUUGCGUUGGCGGAGAAGUGUUUGUGAUGGUCGACCCGACUGGCAGAACGCAUGGCUCCACGCAAACACCUCACCCACCUUAACAUUGAAGAACAAGAGAUCCAUGACCAAAAAAGCAUCGUCCUAGUGAUUGUGGUCUUCCUGAGUCAAUCUUCGGCUAUCCCCACCUCAUUCCUUAGGCCAGAUGGCCCUUUUUACGUUAAACGCUUGCCCUUAUCUAUGCAGGGCUAGACUUUGAACUCAGGUAAGAAGGGCAUCCUAAUGUGAAGGUGAGAAGGUAGAUGGCCUGGCUUAUUUCCUCUACCUUCUUUCCUCUCUUCUUUUGAGAAAAUAAAGGGACCCAUGGAAACAAGAUUGCCCCACAACUUUCGCUCCAACUAAUGGCCAACUGGGACCAAAAACUUUGGGGUUAGUAGCCCCAAAAACUACCAACCCCAAACCUAAAGGAUGAGAAUCAUCACUGGGCAGCCAAAAGAGGCACAGCUAUUUUUAACCUUAUUCAAAGUGACCUACAGUAACUGUUGUUCUGUUUGAAAGAUCCGAUCACAUUGCCUUGAUUGCAACACAUCAACGCUAAUCUUAGGGCUGUGCAAACAUCUAUUUCCUGUGCUACUGCGUGCUAUAGUUUAAAUCUACAUAGUUGGCCAUAUUUUAGUUUGAAACUCUGGUGCUGGUCCUCCCACAUGUGAUUGUUGUUGCCUGGGUUGGGUGAAAAGUGCCAGUUCUGUCUCAACUCAAGCACUGCAAGGCACACAGUUGUGACAGACAUCCUUAAAGUUUACAAGAUAAAAAGACCUCCGCGGUCUAGCUUUGUGAACAAUGUCCUUCAGGUUCAGAGAAGCAGCUACACCUUAUGCUUUCUUCAGGUGCUUCGGUUACCCUCCAUCAGUGGUGGCAACCAUCACACACAGGUUGUGACCUUCAGAAGAGGUCAGGGUUCAGGGAAAUAACCAGUAACAUCCCAGGUUCAUGACCUUUCCACCAGCUUCUGGAAUAUAUUCAUGUGUCUGUGUCAAGCUUUGCACACCGUACGCCAAUAUACACAUGGAGAUCUACAACUCAAAGAUUUUUGCAAGCGUUCUCGGUGCUCUGACGACAACCGUUGAACAAACCGGGGAUGGAUGCUUUUAUCAAAUGGUUAAAGAGCACAAUUCUCCAAAUACACCUGAAAUCUAAACCUGGAGUCUUACUGCCAAUUUGACACAAAUUAUCCGAAAACUCUACAACAUCUCCCAAGAUUUAACUUCAAAGGUGCUUAUGUACGAAUGCUGGGUUUUGUGGAUUAUGCAUGUCAGUACCUUGCUAGAUGACCUUCUGGCCUCGCAGAAGUUUCAGACAAUCCAUCUCUCUCGUGGUUUUCCGUGCUUGAACGUUCACAGGCGGCUCCAAACCGAGGCGUGGGAGAUUUGGUUUGUACAUAAAUUGGACAGGUGCAGAUUUAUUGCCUGAAAUGACUACAGAAUAAAUAUUUUUGAACAUCGAAGAUCAGGCGACCGCACCAUAAGCACAGCCAAGUACCUGAUGUACAGGCAUUUUUAUUUUGAGAAUGAACAGGACUCACCGCCUGGUGCUUCACAUGUACUGGUUAUCAUCAGUAUGAUUGAAUGGGUAAUAUACAGAUUGUGAAGGCAGAAUGUAUUAUGAGUAUGUUGACAAAUUAUUGUCUAUGUAAUGGAAAGAGAUUGUUUAAUGUGUUUGAUGAGGUACUGCAGUGACAGAAAUGCUAAGGCGGUUAGUUUUAUAGUGUGAAUAUCAUUUUAGUACAGAAUGAUUGUCUUUUUUUCAUGAUGAACUUUAUGCCCAUUCUCCAUCCCUGCAAGACUGUGGUCAAUGUUCAGUAUGUAUAAAGAUCUAUAAUGUGUUGUACAGAUUGUUUGUGUUUGUGCAGAUAUGUUUGAGUUGCACUUUUGCCUCCGCGUUUGGUUUUAGCUUCAUGAAGAUGAGCUUCUAUUCAUUGCUGUUUGCUUAUUUUGAAGGUUGGAUCCUGUCUUGCUUUAAGAGGGUUUAUACGGAGUCCCUAAUUUAAAGAGCGAUGUUACACCUUCUAAAAACAGCCCAUUAUGGUAUAGUGACUGAUCAGAUCCAUGUUAAAAGUUGAAUGUACAUACAUGGUACAGUACUGUGCCAAAGUCUUAGGCCACCAUGCCACCAAUAGAUCCGUUGUUUUACAAUGGUAUAGUAAAAAUACUCUUUUAUUAGAAUACAACUAGAAAAUACAAGAAAUUGUAUGCAUUAAUAAAAAAACGGAAUAAAUGUAUAAGCUAAAGUGUCAAGUAUUUAGUGUGACUUCUCUUAUACUUGAGCAAUAGACCAAUUUCGUGUUUGCAAACAGAGAUGACGUUUUUUGUGGGCGGAGCCAAACUGGUUGCAGAAAGUGACUGCUCCGCAGUAGGGUUGUGAAGUGUUUUAGCAUUAAACCGUGAUUUUUAUGGAUCCGGUGUUCUGUCGAAGUCUGAUUCCUUUAUGGUUCCCUUUAGUGCAAUGUUUCCUAUAGCGUUUUAAUCACAUUACGUUUAUUUUUUUCUAGAUAGAUCAAAAGUUUAAAUGGCUUGGCUACUGAUAUGCAUGUAUGUAAUGUAUAUGUAUUGUUCUUUUUUGCUAAAUCAAAUAUUUUUACAGUCUGAAUCGCUAAAGUACAUGUAAAAGCAAUACUAUCAUGUAUUAUAUAUAAUAGCGUUUAUUAAAUAUUUCAUAUUUUACAGUUUUUAUUAUUUCUUCCUUAAUAAAUUAUAAUUGUAACAUGAUAAAAACGCUAUAAGAAACACAUGGAGGGAACAGACUUCGACAGAACACCGGACAUCUUCACUACUUAUUUUCUAUUCUAAUUAUUAAAAGAUUUCCAGAUGAUUUCCUCGCUCCAUUCUGUCCGUUUAAGGGCUUAUUGUAUCAUAAACACCUACGUUUAUCUUCAAAUGAUGUAUUUGACGAUGGUAUUCUAUAAAAAUGAAAGCCAUCUUUUUUGGCAUUCUUAUUCUGACCCUUAACAGCACAACCGGACAUUUUCCAGUGAGUUAUCUUGCUCUUUUCACUCGUGUCUAAUUCAUUUCCACUGUUUUUCUGCAACUGCAUUGCGCGCGCAGCUUGCAGUGACGUAACUGUGACGUCUACUCUAAAUUGGUCUAUAGCAGGAACCUGCAGAUCUAAAGAAAUGUACCCAAAACUUUUACCCGAACCAGCCAUGCAUAAAUAUAUUUUUUUCAAACUAUAUAGACAAAUACGAGAAAAUAUAACCCGUGUUCGACCCCCGACUGGACCCGUAUGGAAACGUGUGUGUAUACAGUCUGCAGCCCGGCACCCUUUCAACCAAUUCAGUGCGCCGCUCCAUUUAUUUUGAUUUGUUUUCCGACGACAACGCCAAGGUAGCCACUAAAAUGUUAAUUACCUACCAACGAAAAUUACCUACCGCCAGUUUAGGUCUUCUCGGGUCCGUUCGGCAAAAAAAAAACGGAGACCUGAUGCCGCUAAUAUGAUACCCGACUCGUGUCAGAGGCACACGUGAAACUUUUAGAACCGAACCUGCUUGGGUCUCGGGUAGGGCCUCAGGUUUUUGGAUCUAAGUGGACCGGUGAGGAUCUCUACCUGCAGACUCUCUUAAACCUAAAUUAAAUGAAUUUCUAAUUCUAAUCUAAUGACUUCAGGACUUCAGUCACCUUAAAAGAGGUCACACAAAAUACUGGCCUGACUGAAGCUGCCAUUUUGUUCUGAAUUUGUUUGCUUUUUACAUUUUGUGAACAGAUUUCUUGUAUUUUCAAUUUGUAUCUUAAUAAAUAUGAAUAUGGAUAGUCAUUAAAACUGCUAAACCAGCAAAGCUGGUGGCCUAAGACUUUUGCGCAAUGCGCUAUAUGUCCAAAUUUGUGAAAACAGCUACAACUUAUAAUGCAUUUCCAAAGCCAGCUUUUUAUUGAUUGUAUUGAUCCAAUUCAAGUCAUGCAAGUAAUUUAUUUAAAUGUGAAAAACUAUCUUUGUGUCAUUCAGAUGAAUUCAAAUGUAGUACAAAGCUGAAGUGUCUGAUUUUUCUCAAUGAACAGACUCAAACAAAAUCAAACAUUUUAAUCAAAUUUUGUCUACCAAAGUCUACCAUUGGUUGCUCAAGCGGACAGACCCUCCCCAACCUCAAGGCUAUUGGAUCAGUGUCAGCUUGGGAUGUUCAAAAGUAAUAAAGCAAGGUUUUAAUAAUGCAAAUCAUUCUACCAAUAGCCUACUUCUAGUUGUCUCUGCAUAUUAAAGGAAAUAUGUGAAGUAUCUUAACAUUGGCAGAAUCUAUACACUUCAGCUGUAAUGUGUUACUACGGGCAUCAAGUCAUAAAGCGGGGGAAAUAAUAUUGAACACAUCACAUAAGUAUUUUUUAGUAAAUACCUUUCUAAAGGUGCUACCAGAUGUUGGUAACAACCCAUGCAAUCCACACAUUCAAAGAAAUAAACCAUAGAUGUCUAUAAAUUAUGUGUAAUCAUGUCAAACGAAGGCAAAAGUAUUGAAUCCCUGAAGAAAAGGAUGUGCAAAAGGCAUAGAAAGCCACGACAGUAGGUAAUAAAAAGUAAUGCUGCCCUUUGUCAGUGCAAAUAACAACAGCUGGUUCAGUCCCAAUUGAUGGCAUGUCAAUAGCACCUUUAGAAAAAUGUUAAAUGAGACAAAUGGUAAUGUGUUCAAUACUUACUUUACCUGCUGUUUAAAUGUAUGUAUUUUACCAGUACAUUAUCCUCCAUUUAAACUUACGAAGUGAACAAAACACAAUGUGAAUUUUGAAAUCACUCUUAUGAUUUUAAAGCUGCUACUGUAUUGCGUACAGUAUUUGUCUCUAGAAAUGUGAAUAUUUUCCCCUUCACCCAUUCCAUUGAUUGCUUUCAGGCAGCAGACGACUCCGAGCCGGAUCCGCACUGGAUCUGCGGCAAAGUCAGCAGGCCGAUGGAGAUCCGACCCGGAGUUGUAUGCUGUGUACCAGAGACAUUAAAACCACUGUGCUGUUUUAUCAAGUACAGUAGGGUGACCAUAUGUGCCAUUCUUCCCGGACGCCUCCUGGCCAGGAUUUCGGGUUCGUCUUCCGGAAGUCGUAUUUCUCGGCCGCAUACGUCAUAGAGGAUUAUUAUGAUUAUUACAGAAAAGCAACCGUUAAAUUUUAAGGUAUAAUGAAACUACAAUUGUAUGGUGAAUGCUGAAUGGUGUAUGCGGUCAACAAAUACGACUUCCGGAAGAUGCACCGAAAUCCUGGCAAGGACGUGUCCGGGAAGAAUGGCACGUAUGGUCACCCUAAGUACAGACCAGUGCUAUACAGGCCGGGACAAACUUGAUGGGCUCAAUUCACAAUAGUCACACGUGCAACAAGA